UACAAACCUUAAUAAGAAUCGAGUGCUUGUAGCAAUCGCAGAGAGCAAACAGAAAGCCAGCUGGCAGAAACUGAACAGUGCCACUGCAUUUUUAUUGCUUCUAACCCCCCCAGAAACAGAUUAUUGCUUAAAAAAUGUCUUUUUUUAUUUCAUUUAUUUCUGAUCCUGCAUUAAUUUGUCUGCUAUGUGCAGCAGUAUUAUUAGCUGUUCUCUAUUUUUCAACUGGCUAUAAAAAUUCAGCUUUUAAAUUUCCUCCUGGUCCAACUCCUCUUCCGAUCAUUGGUAACCUGCACUUGGUGGAUCUUAGAAGGCAAGAUAAAUCACUAAUGAAGCUUGCGGAAAAAUACGGCCCCAUCUUCACCCUCCACUUUGGGUUCCAGAAAGUUGUGGUCCUGACCGGGUACGAAGUUGUGCGGGAGGCGCUUGUGAACUACACAGAGGAGUUUGUAGACAGACCAUCCAUCCCAAUAUUUGACCAAAUUCAGAAUGGAAACGGUUUGUUCUUCUCUAUUGGGGAGCUGUGGAGAACAACGCGGAGGUUCACCGUAUGCAGCAUGCGCAACCUCGGCAUGGGGAAAAAAAUGAUAGAAGGGAGAAUUUUCGAGGAGCUUCACUUCCUUAUCGAGAUGAUCAAAUCCUUCAAAGGGGAACCUUUCAGCCUGACAUCCUUCAACUGUGCUCCAAUCAACAUCACCUUCAUCAUGCUGUUUGGGGACAGGUUUGACUAUAAGGACCCAACAUUUCUCACUCUCUUAAGACUCAUAGAUGAAGUUAUGAUUCUUCUGGGAUCUCCAUACUUGAACUAUUUCAAUUUCUACCCGUUCCUUGGAUUUCUUUUCAAAACCCACAAGAUUAUGCUUGGGAAAAUAGAAGAUGUGCGCGUCAUUUUAAGGCAAUACAUGAAGGCAAGCAGGGAGGAUAUCAAUGAGAACAGUGUGAGGAGCUACAUUGAUGCACUGAUAUUCAAGCAACAAGAGGAGAAAAACAAGAAAGACAGCCUCUUCCAUGAUGACAACUUAAUAGCAUCCAUACUUGACUUGGUCAUGGCAGGAACAGAGACCAUAGCCACAACGCUCCAGUGGGCCAUCCUGCUGAUGAUGAAAUACCCAGAGAUUCAAAAAAAGGUGCAGGAGGAGAUUGGGAGAACCGUCAAAGCUGGAAGCUGGGCCACAUAUGAGGAUCGGAAGAACAUGCCAUUUACAAAUGCGGUGCUACACGAAGUGCAGAGGUUUAUCACCCUCCUGCCCCAUGUUCCCCGCUGCACUGCUGUUGACACCCACUUCAGGGGCUACUUCCUUCCCAAGGGUAUAAUUGUAAUCCCGUCACUCACCUCAGUGCUGCUGGAUAAGACGCAAUGGGAAACACCACACCAGUUCAACCCCAACCACUUCCUUGAUGCUGAAGGGAAUUUUGUAAAGAGAGAGGCUUUCCUGCCCUUCUCCAUAGGGCGAAGGAACUGCAUUGGAGAAAGCCUUGCCAAGAUGGAACUCUUUGUCUUCUUUGUAGGGUUGCUGCAGACAUUUACUUUUCAACCCCAGCCAGGAGUUUCAGAGUCUGACUUGGACCUUACUGUCCCCCAAACGACUUUCACAUUAAGGCCUCAGCCUCAGGCAACCUGUGCUGUCCUGCGUGAAUAAGCACAGCCUUGCUGGAGAGCAACCCAACAAU